AUGUCCCGAAAGGGUGAAAGUAAAAACUUCUCAUUGCUUCCUGUCGUGAAGGAAGAUUGCCACGUGGAUUCCGAGUUCAGAUAUACCCUGUUCACUGUCUACUAUAGCAUCAUUUUCAUUCUGGGCUUUAUAGCCAACAGCUACGUCCUGUGGCUUUUCACACGGGUUUAUGCUACGAAGAAACUAAACGAAAUAAAGAUAUUCAUGGUCAGCUUGACGACAGCCGACCUGCUCUUCCUGAUCACGUUGCCAAUGUGGAUCAUAUAUUACCACUACAGAGGAGACUGGAUCAUGCCCAGCUUUUUGUGUAACUUGGCUGGUUACUUAUUCUUUGUGAACACCUACUGCUCAGUUGCUUUCCUGGGAGUCAUAACGUACAAUCGGUACCAAGCAGUCACAAAGCCCAUUUCAGCAGCUCAGUCUACCACGCGAAGAAGGGGCAUCUAUGUCACAAUAGCUAUCUGGGUCCUGAUCGCGGGCCCUUCUUCAUAUUUCCUGUUUGGCAGCGGCACUACCCAAGAGGGGCACGUGACACGCUGUUUUGAGCGCUACGACCCAGAAAGCAGUAACAUCCCUGUCCUUGCCUCCCACAUCGUCAUUUGCAUUUGUUUCUUUAUCACCUUCCUGAUUGUCGUGGUAUGCAACGCCUCCAUUAUCCGAACUCUGCUCUCCCAAAAACCUCAAGCUCGUAAGAGCGCCCACAUCAGGCAAAGGGCGCUCUAUUUGGUGUGCACUGUCAUGAUUGUGUUUGUGGUAUGUUUCGUGCCUCACCACAUUGUGGACCUUCCCUGGACCUUGAUGGUUCUGGGCAAAUGGGAUAUAAGCUGUAGGAGCAAAAGGUGGUGGGAUCACAUCCACCAGGUGACCCUGUUCCUCCUGGGGGCCAACUGCGUUCUGGAUCCUGUCAUUUACUGCUUCCUCACCAAAAAGUUCAGGAAACACCUUUCUGAGAACUUGAAAAACAUAAAGGACAGUCGAAAGUGUUCCAGGCAAACAACUGAGACCACCGUGGAAGGGAUGGUGGUGAUGGAAGAGGGCUUCCAUGCCUCCACCAAACCUUAA